CGGCCGCCCUUCCGCCGCCCCGGCGGGUGGCUGCUGUUGGCUUGCUGGCUCUGGCUGCCCGCGCGCUGCCCCGGCCGCUCCCCGGGCGCCGGCGAGCUGCGGUGCCUGCAGAUGUCGGCCUUCGCCAACCGCAGCUGGGCGCGCUCCGACGGCCUGGCGCUGGUCGGGGGGCUGCGCGCCUACCGCUGGGGCGGCGCCUCGGACGCCGUGAGCUUCCUCAAGCCCUGGGCCCGGGGCUCGUGGGGCCAGCGGCAGUGGGACGACCUGCAGCACCUGUUCCGCGUGUACCGCAGGAGCUUCACCCGCGACGUGCAGGAGUUCGUCAAAAUGCUGCGCUUGGACUAUCCCUUUGAGAUCCAAGUGUCCGCUGGCUGUGAGGUUCUCCCCGGGAACACCUCGCAAAGCUUCUUCCAGGCGGCCUUCCAAGGACAGGAGAUCCUCCGUUUCCAAGGCACUUCUUGGGUGCCCGCCCCAAGUGCCCCCGUCUGGGCAGACAGGGCCUCCAGGAAGCUCAACGAGGACCAGGGGACCCGGAAAACGCUACAGUUGCUCCUCAAUGACACCUGCCCCCUGUUUGUCAGGGACAUCCUGGAGGCAGGGAAGUCGGAGCUGGAGAAGCAAGUGAAGCCCGAGGCCUGGCUGUCCACUGGCCCCAGUCCCGGUCCUGGCCGUCUGCUCCUUGUGUGCCAUGUGUCCGGCUUCUAUCCAAAGCCAGCGUGGGUGACGUGGAUGCGGGGUGAGCAGGAGCAGCCGGGCACCCGGCGCGGUGACGUCCUGCCCCACGCUGACGAGACGUGGUAUCUUCGGGUGACCCUGGACGUGGCGGCCGGGGAGGCGGCCGGCCUGUCUUGCCGAGUGAGGCACAGCAGUCUAGGAGGCCGGGACAUGGUCCUCCACUGGGGGUCCCCCACGGGGCUGAUCGCCGUGGCCGUGCUGGUGUCCCUUGUGAUCACUGGGUGCGUUGGAUACUUAACCGUCAAGAGGCGCUGCUCCUAUCAAAACAUCCUGUGACUGUGCUUACGGCACCUGUUGGCCUGGGACUCAGGACCCCAAGUUCCCAGGACGGCAGCUCAGCCGCUGAGGGUGAAAGAGAGGUGCCCUGAAGAAGCAGGCGGUUGUCACAAGGCUGCUCUCAUAGCAUCCUUUCGACAUUUCAUCUAAGAAGAUUUAAGUUCUUUUCCACUGUCCUGCAAGUUUCUAAGCCCAAGUGGUUCUACAAAAAGAGAAGCGUGGACUUCCAAGCACAAGCGGAUGCGGGCCGGGGCGGGAGGGAUUGGGUGCCUGUUGGUUGUUUGCACGGUGGGAUCGGGAGUGAAUCAGGAAGUGCUCGGUCCAGCUUCUUGUUGUCAAGAAUAAAGGAAGACGGACCAGAAAACGAAUGAAGGAAUGAAGGAAUGGAUGAAGACCCUGGGCUUGGCUAUAGCCCACACUUUUCAAGAACAGGGCACCUUUCUUGAAAGGGGAUUUUUGUGUGAGCCUACCUGAUGUUCAAAUGUGCGCUCAAACUGUUGCAAGAAAUUCGGGACACCCCAGACACGUCUUCGCUGGUUGCUGGCAAUGUGGGGGGCUCCUCGUUUGUGUCUCUUUUGGAAAGAAGUUUGUCCUGAAUGUCGUAUGGGUAGUUUUAGGGCGUGGUCUCGUAUGUGAAUUUGGAUUUAUAAAGGGGGAUGUUUUCUCUUUAAAAGAAAGUUAGCUGAUGGGAAAAGCAGAAGUUUGCUAAGCUUUUAUUUGCCGCAACUGGCUUAUAAAGGAGAAAUCAUUGUGGAUGUGUGUUGCGUAGAUAAAAAGUUACUCUGGGUAGGGAUAUUUGUCUCAAGGGGCCAGUUGCUUUUUUCACAUUGGAAGAGGGUCACGAGGGUGUCUCCCCAAAUAGGCGCUUCUGCUUACGGCCGUUAGAUGAGACGGUGCUCAGGAAGGGGUGAACCCACUGAGCAGGUGUGAGCUGCACUGAUCACCGCCCAGCUGGCUGCUCUGUUCCUGGUCUGACCCUUGAGCGUCCAGAGGAAGUGGGACAACACUGUUGCUGGAGAGUCUUUGCCUGAGAAAAUGAAGAUUUGGCGUCUUGUGUGCUGAACUCUCUGGUUGAGCCAGGAUGUGGGUUUAGCUCUUGCUCCUGAAGCCGUGGUUCCCAGUUGUGGUCUCCUGACCGGCGGCCUCGGCACCAUUGGGAACUUGCACGUUAUUCUAGACCUCACCCCAGACCUACAGAAUGAGAAAUGGGGGUGCUCUCCCAACCCCGGAAGCUGUGUUUUAACAAGCCCUCAGAUGAUUCUGAUGUUCAGUGAAGGUUAGAGAGCCUCUGUGCUCAGGCUUUGGGUAACACUGGGCUACAAAUUCCUCAGAAAUGCCAAGUGAAAAUAUCGGCCUGGGGUUAGUCAGGGAGGGCUUCCUGGAAGGGGAGUUUGGCACAGGACUCAUAGAGGCAAUGAGGUGAACCAGCAGAUGCCCUGGGUCGGGAGACCAGGGUUCUAGCCUCAGACUCAGUUUCCUCCUGUGUCAAACGGAACCAGGAGGCAGAACCUCAGUCCGGCCCCGAAUGUGCCAGGGCCUUGGUCUUGGACCGCCAGCCUCCAGCCCGUGAGAGAUACAUUUCUGCUGUUUCUAAGCCACCCCUUCUGUGGCCUUUUGUUACAACAGCUCGAGUGAGUGGAGACAGAUUAUGCCACAGGGUAAGGAGCAAAUGCGUGCAAAUGUGCGGUGGUAUUAUGGUGCCUUCAAACCUUGGCCGUGUUACUACUGCCUUUGGUGUGACAGUGGCCUCAGGCCAUGUGGUUCAGCUUAACUUCCAGCCCUGUUAGGCCACCAACGCCUCGCACUGGCCUUCCUCCUUCUUGGGGCCUGCGUGUUCAAGCCCCUUCUGAAAUGUUUCUGGAAAUGCUUCAGUGUGAAUUUACGGUAACCCUGGUUUGUUUUUAAGCGACCGAUUUAUUACUGUGGAAAUAAAGGCCUGUCUUGGAG